UGGUAUGCUCAACGUUUUCGGGACCAACCAUUUGAGAAAGCUAUGGGCUUACUUCGAAUGUUGGUACACCCAAAAUGCCAUCUCGAAGCCACCGCAGAAGUCCUUAAAGAGUUAAAUACACUUUCACUUGAGGAAGCCUCAGAAGCGAUCAAUGAACUUAGUACUCCGAAAUGUUACAUCCGAGGAACGGGAAAUUCAUCGACUUUAAGCGCAAUACUAAAUACUCUUGAUGACCGUCGAGGUUUUAGUGUGAAUGCACUCGUUGACAGUGGGUGCACAGGCUCCUCAAUUGAUGCGGGUUUCAUAGUAGCCAAAGGAAUAAACACACAGAAGCUGGCCCGUCCAAUUCCCGUUUACAAUGCCGAUGGAACUCUCAAUGCAGGAGGUGUGAUCACAGACUACGUCACCCUUCAACUAACCAUCAAUGAUCAUAUCAAACGUCUCACUUUGGGAGUUACGGACCUUGGGAAGGGAGAGCUA